UCCUGUAUUCUAUUUUAAUGCUUCCAUGUUUUUGUAUUUUUCUUCCUGAAUUUAAUUUGCAGUACUAAUGGUUAAAACUACCGUCUCAGUUAGUGUUUUGAACGUUGUGCUUUUAAUUAGAAUACAAUAAGUAUUUUCCCUCUUUUCUAUCAAUGCUUCAAUACUCUGAUUAAUCUUCUUUCCACUACUACAAUUCAAGCUUGUGUCGGUUAUUUUUCUAAUUGUCAUCCUUCAUAUUUAAAGAUUAUGAUCUCAUGUAGUGUUUCUUUUUUUCUUUUCGGAAAUGGAUCAUAGAGAACUUGGGAUUGGAAUAGUUCCAUACAGUCCCUUAGGUCGAGGGUUUUUUGCUGGGAAGGCUGUUGUGGGAAGCAUGGAAAAUAACUCAUUGGCAGAUCACCCAAGACUUCAGGGAGAGAACUUUGAUAAGAAUAAAGUCUUAUACUUUCGUGUAGAAGCAUUGGCUAAGAAGCAUGGAUGCACUCCUGCUCAACUAGCGCUUGCAUGGGUUCUUCAUCAAGGAGACGAUGUUGUUCCUAUUCCAGGUACGACUAAAAUUAAGAAUCUUCACUCCAAUAUUGAUUCUCUUAAAUUGAAGCUUACGAAAGAUGAUUUGAAAGAAAUUACCGAUGCGGUUCCCAUCAAUGAAGUAGCGGGGUCGAGAAGUUCUAAUGAGGCUUUUCAUAAGACCACGUGGGAAUUUGUGAAGACUCCACUCCCAAAAUGAACCAGCAAAAUGGAAAAUUAUCAGCGUGUUAUGUUGAAAAAACUAGUUUUUAAGUCUUGUCGAUAUUUGAUGCAGUUUCAUCUGCUUACUUUUAAUUCCCUUUAUGGUUAUCCAACUUCCACUACUUUGUGUGCAUGCAGAUGGCAAGUAAUAAAUCGCAUGGCUAUUGAAUAAUUGAACCUCUUUUUUUUGGGCUCUUUAAUAAAAUGCUAUGAUUGUCUUGAUAAUCAAA